UGGAGUAGCCUGACUGCCGAGCGGGAAACAAAGGGCACUGUUGAGUCAAUAGGAUAGUCUGCGUCGUUCACCACCCAUUCCAAACGCAUUAAGCCAUGUGAGAUAUCUGCUGUCUUGUUCGGUUUUAGAGGACAGCUUGAAAUCUUCAUUGUAGGGUUGAGCAGCGCUCCCCGAAAAACAUUCGGACAUCGCUACAUUUUAGUCGUGGCUGGUAGUAAGUCGUGAGAAGAUACAGUGGGUUGAGGAUUUAUGAUAAUCACAACGUCACAUUAAUAGCUUAUUUCGUUUACGCCUCCAAGAGGGAUUUUGUUUGAGAGGAGGCAGUGACAUACGCUUCUGGAGGACUUAACCAGAGACAGGCUAUUGAGAUGUCGGAGGCUUUGUCACACCAAGAGAGACUUCAGGCCAUAGCUGAGAAGAGGAAGAAGCAGGCAGAGAUUGAGAACAAACGUAGACAGCUGGAAGAUGACCGCCGACAGCUCCAGCAUCUCAAAUCAAAGGCACUUAGGGAGCGAUGGCUGCUGGAUGGAGCGCCAUCUAGUGGCUCAGGAGAGGAUGAGAUGCAGAAGCAGCUCCAAGAGGAUGAAGCCAAGACUAAACAACUGGAGGAAAAUAUCCUGAGACUGGAGCAAGAGAUUGAAGAGCUAGAGACUGGAGUGCCUGCAAACAAACCCACUGGGGAUAAACAAGAAAAUGAUAAUUCACCUGCUGGCUCUGUGAAAGUGGAGAACGGUGUGCCCAGUCCUAAUGCUGCCAGCGAACAAACUACCAGAAAGGUCACAGGCAUUGAGGCCAAACUGCAGUGUACCAACCCUGACGCCGCUAUUGAAAACGCCAGCGCGGAGCACCCCGUUACCAUGGUGUUCAUGGGGUACAAGAAUGUAGAGGACGAGGAGGAAACCAAGAAGGCCUUAGGGCUGGAGAGCACGGUCAAAGCUGAGUUUGUGGUCAUUGAAGAUGGUGAGAGCAAAGGGGCUAGUGAGGAGGCCAAGGAGGACCAGGCUCCUCCAAACGGCAGCACGGCCAACCCAGAGAAACCCCAAGAAGAAUCCAAGGAGGAGUCAAAGGAGGAGGUUAAGUCAAAAGAUAAGCAGCCUUGCAAGUGCUGCACCGUCAUGUGAGCUCGACUACUCACGUUUUAGGAUUAGACUCUUCUUGGGGAAAGUAACAGCGCAACCACGUCAAGAUUGAAAAAAAAAAAAAAAUGAAACAAACUUCUGUUGUCCAAUAUGUAUUUCUUCUUAUUUUUUAUUUCUAUUAAUAUUUUUCUAUAUUUCUGUCUUGACAUUUAUAUAUACAUAUAUUUUCAUUAUGUAAUCUUAUGAAGUUCAGUAUUAUUGCUUUUUGAAGGACAGAAGUAAUGAGACCAAGAUUCUAUGUGGGGCUGAGAUCUGGUUUGAAGGACAUUGGCCUUCAGAAAUGAUGUACAUUCCCCAACUGACUUGCAUUGAAAGGAAACAUGAAGGACACAGGUAUCUCUCUAUGACUCUUUAGCUAUUUAUCUCUCUCAUAUAUGUUAGUGUUUCUAAAAUAGUACUUUAUAAUUGAAAUGAAACUAUUAUAUUGAUAUGUAAUGUUAUUAUGUUUUUAUAAUAUGAGUAUGUUUUUUUGUUUCGAAGUCAUCUCCAACCACUGUGAGCAUUGGUACAUUGAGUGCAGUCCUUGUCCACAAUUUUAUUUUGGUAAUCGUUAUCAUAGUGCAUAAUCUUUGUAUAUAUAAGUAAUGUUAUUUAUGACUGUUAAUGCUGUGAGAGAACACUUUUUAUCCAGAGAAAAAUGAAAUAAAAAAAUUCAUCAAAAUUUCCAUGUCUCAAAAAUGGCUAUCGGAUUAAGAACACGUCACUUUUUGCAAAGAUAACAGUUUCACGGUUCAUCUCACACAUUUACUGGAUUCAAGUGCAGUGUUGUAUUUUAAACCAUAGGCACUCAGCUGAGUCCUUCAGAAGCAUAUUUCCUGUGUCUCCACCAACUCAGUACCUCAACACUGUAUUAGACCUGAUCCAACAUGUCUGCUAAUUGAUUAGUAGGUAGCAGCAAUGCAGUUUCAAGAUACGUUGUUUCCAGGGACUGAGCUGGGUACCUCUGUUUUAAAAAAAUUCAAUCCAAAAGAAUUUUGUGAAUAACAACACAAGCUAAACAUCUAAUUCUAACUAAAAUGCAUAUUUUGGUAAAACAGUAAGACUUUAGCCCCAUUUCAUAUUUGCUUUUGAAUUUACACAAAAAGUGAAUUCUCUCUGUAACAAACCUUUUUUUUUCUGGAAUAACCUCUGUCACCUUUUGCCUCUGUUUAUGGACAAUGGAAUUUUCAUUUUUGAUGUACGGUGCUCACAAUUCUGUUUUGUCGUUCGUGGUGUUGUUGCUGCAGUCUAACAAUUUCCCUAAGAAAAGGGGCCCUAUGCUUUCAUUAUUCAGAUAACUGAUCUCUCAGAUAACAGAUCAUUGUAUUGGCGUCCAACUUCAUUGUCUUCAGUUGCUCUUUGAAACCUGUUUUCACUGUCAAGUAGUGAGGACUUUCCAUAUGUACAGCUUUACUGUCAUUGUGAUGUUUUAGCUCUAAAUUGAUUUCAUUUUGGUGUGAAAUAGUAGGCUUUGUGGGUAUCUGAAAUAUGUCAUGAGGUAUAGGUGCUUCAUUGGUAUGGCCAAUGCUUGUUUUGGUCCAAGUGUUAAAAUCAGGAACAAUA